UGUUAACAAAGCUACCACCCCCUCAGCUGAGCAACAACUCCGAGGUGGGGCAGUCGAUGAACCUGUGCGCAUCUUGCUGCAACAGGUAACCACGCAAAGCUGGAAACAUUUAGCACUUCAAGGAGCGAUAAACAGACAGACAGCAGGGAUUCACGUUUUGACCUGGCACUUGUGACUCAACACGCAACCACCUCAAACAGGAAAGCAAAACUCUGAGACUGCUGGAAAUCAGAAACAGAAAAUGGUGGAAACACUCAGCGAGCGUGGCAGCAACCGAGUGAGUGAGUGAGUGAGUGAGAGAGAGAGAGAGAGAGAGAGAUUGCUCUGCUGUAUGGUCAGCGAGCUGAAGGGAUAACUGACGUUGCCAGCAGGGACAUUGUAGGUUCAUGCUCAGGGAGCAAGGAGCUCGCCGGCAGGGGGAGGUGCUGCUGCUGACGCUGACGUGCGGAACACAGCCUGAAGUGCAAGGCAAGAGGUGGGAGCUUCUUUAGUCUGAGCCCGGUCACCGAGACUCUCCUGCUGCGGACCCAGCCCGGUCACCGGGACACUCCUGCUGCGGACCCAGCCUGUUUGCCGGGACUCUCCGGCUGCGGUCCGAGCCUGGUUUCCGGGACUUUCUGGAGCGGCAGAUUUCAUUUCUUUUGUGCCAGUUAUCUCCUUCAGCCUGGAAAGUGUUGAAGGUCAUCUGAAAGCAACACUACUCUUGAUGGGAAAACGGCCUCAUCUGUAAAACCAUGAACUGCAAAAAGAUAUCAAGUAUAUGUUCACACUUUCACAAACAUAGUGUGCAAAUUAAUUAAAAAUAUUUAUAUGCAAUCUGCAACACAAUACAGUAAACAAAAACUGGCUGGCCUCUUUCCUUUUUCAAAGCUAUUUCAUCAGUAACAUUUUAAACUGAGACACACACAGGCUGGAAACAGAAGACAGUAACUGAAGUAAGUUUUCAUUAUUACUUAACACCCAAUCAGUCCCAUUUGAGCUAAAGGUGUUCUGAAUUACUUUUGUACAUAUUAGUACAGUCAUCAACUAUGUUCUGUCAACAUGAUAACUGUUGUUAUAGACUGUCAAGAAAGAUCAGCAGUUGUACAUUUGCAACAGGAUGAAGAAAAUGACAAUACAAAUAACUUUCCCCAGAACAUGGACGAAUGCUUAAUGAAGCUGAAAGGCAUAAAUGGAAAUAUGGAAAUCUCUGUUCCUUUCGAUGAUUGUGGAUUAAAUGUCAGAAAUCCUUGUGUGAACCAAAAUUGUAUGGAGGAACAAGAUCUUUGCAAAGUUCUCGAAAACCAAAGAGACACCACAACUAUACUGGGCACAGAAAAAACUUUCAAUUCAGAAGCGUUAGAUCCCAAUGAUUCAACUAAUGACAGCAUAAUAGGAUUUAUGGAGGAUCCUAUUAGCAACAGGAAACAUAUCUUAAAUGGAGCUGAUUUAAUGAGGAUGAGAAAGGAUAUGUUGCUUAAUGCCUCAACAAGUAAAACAUUGUGCACGGCUAAAGAUGAAGAAAACAGUGAAUUAUGGAGUGACUUUGCAGGUUACUGUAAAACAUCUCUUGUACAACAGCAGUUUUUUGGUACUCUUCAUGAACUGCGUUUGAGGGAAAAAGAUGAUUCUGUUGAAAAGAGUUUCCAGCAUCACAGCUCCAAAAUUCCUAAUGGCAACUUUGCAAAUCAUCAUUUUCCAACCCAUCACCACAACCCUACAAAUUACAAACAUGAUAAUGAAUUGCAAACCUCUGCUUCUGUUAUCAAUGCUUGUGCUCCAAAGUGCAGCAUGUUAAAACUAAACUCUUCUGUGAAUGCUGAGGAAGAUUUACUUCGAUGCAACAAUUCAGACCAACCUGCAGUUUUUGUGGAUAACAAUUUUGCAGAUUCUGCAAUAAAUUGGACAUUUGGAAGUAAUGGCCAAUUAGUUAAUGACACAUUUCAGACUCUUAAUUGUGAUGAAACUGAAUUUUCAGGCCUUGGAUCACCUGGAGAAUUGUGCCCUGUUAACCCUCCAUUUUCAGAAAACCAGGCAAUCCUCUCUGCAAGUUCAGCUCUGAAGGAUUUUGGCUUUACUGGCUGGGCUAACUUUUUCCUCAUCACUAAUUGUCCUUUGAAGAUCAUGGAUUGUCAGGGAAAUACCUAA